GAUUUUUUUGUCGUCUGCAAAAGAAUCCAAAUGACAGCUGCAAAGCUGUAAAAGAGACAAAAAAAAAUAACUUCUGUCUGUAUUUUUAUGUAAAAAUAAAAGGAAAAAAUAUAAUUUGUCAUAGAAAAUUAAGAAAGAAAUAAAUAGAAUACAACACAAAAAACGACAAAAUACGUUUUAGUUCAAUAACCAAAGAAGAAUUUUUUAAUUGAAUAAAAAGUUACUAAACAAUACAAAAACAUAAGAGCAAAUAGAAAAUGGUUACUCCACAAUCGCCCACCCGCAUGUUUAAUGGUCUGGAUGAAGAUAUUUACAAUGAAGCCAAAUUCGCCCAUGAAAUAAAUGACAAAAUGCGUGUUCCCAAGCGUAUUAAGGCUACGGGUGAAUACUCCGACGAAGACCUUUUGCUGUCCAAUCAAAAUGGCAUGAUUAACUCAUGGAAUUAUCACGAUAAAAUCGAUAUGAAUGUACCAGAUCGCAUAGUGGUUUUGGGCCAUAAUCAACAUCUCGAAACACGUUCGGCACCGCGUGAAAUACAAUUGGAAAAUUCUAUUUUACCCAAAAAUCCUUCGGGUUUCGUACGAGUACAGACACCUCCACGUACCAUAACUCUAAAUGAUCAUCACUUUCCCACAGCCUCCGAGGAGAGUUCACCGAAUAAAAUGCAGAAUGGCGAUGACCUGGACGAUGAUGAUUUCGAUGAUGACGACGUUGAACGUCCACCCCCCUAUGUGAGGGCAAAUGGCAUUUCAAAUGCUGUGGUGGGCUUUCAUACGAAUGAUGCUAAUUCAGUAGAAUCCGAUUCACAGUUGACAACAGGUGGUGCAAGCAAACGUUCGCAGACCUUGAUUUAUAAUCCAAAUGAUACUUCCAUGAUCAGUCAUCGUGAGGGUACACCAAUGGGAGAUUUAACACCUCAUGAGGAAAUCUUAUAUUUAAGACGUCAACUGGCCAAAUUAAAUCGUAGAGUAUUGAAUAUAGAAAUUGGCAACGAACAGCGUUUACAACGUGAAAAAAUUGUCUACUGUUUAGGUUUGGCAUAUUUUGUAUUGAAAGCAAUUGUUUGGCUAAAUCGUAAUUAAAAAAAAAAAAUAGUAACAAUACAAAACAAGAAAAAGAAUUGAGUAAUUAGUAAUAGAUUAAAGAGUGUUUAAUGAGUGACAUAUAGUAGAGGAAGAGGAGUAUAUGUGCUGAAGUUAUAGAACACAAAGGAUUAUAUGUAUAAAGAAAGAGGUGCAAAAGUUAUGACAGAAAGAUAAGCAUUUUUUUUACUAAGGGUCAGUUUUUUUCAAGAAGGUGCCUGGUCUUUUAUAUAGAAGAUUAUUAUACAUGGACAUGAAUACCACACAUUAUACUCUGAAUACAAUAACAACAUGUUGAGUAAAAGAAAUCAUUAUUGAAAAGAGAGGGGGUAAAAAGUUUAUUUAUGGGUUUUGCAUUUUAGCAGGAAAACAUCCUUGUAAACCUUAUAUAGUUUUCUAUUUUUUGCAUUUUUUUCUGUUUAUUUUUGUUUAAGUUAAACCUUAAAGGUUAGAGAACACAGAGAACAGUGUUGCUGAUCAUUUAAGAUUAUUUUUCGUAGUUAGUUUUGCAUGUGUGUAUCUCAUUAAAAAGAUAAACAAACUAUUUAAAUAAUUAAACAAAUUAUCAAGAGUUUUCCUUUAACCUUGUUUUUCGUUAAGUUUUAAAUUAAAAUCUAUGGCGAAUUUGAAAUGUAUAUUCAAGCUAAGGAAUUAUAUUUUCUAUGCUUUAUAAUAUUUACAAUUAAAUAAUACGAAAACAAAUUCUACACCACCCUAAUAUAACACUUUACGUACAUAAAACAAAACUCCUUUAGUUUUACAUAUAAAAUACAAUGAAGUUUAUAUAUAAAAAUAAAA